AUGGGCGUGGCCAUGAUCUGGGUGGCGGUGGCGGCGUCUUUGGCCACGUCGUGGGCCAUCAUCAGCGCGUUGUCACGGUUCUUGUGGUCACCCCUCGCCAUAACAAGGGCGUUCCGGGCGCAGGGCGUGCGCGGGCCGGACUACCGGUUCCUGGUCGGCAACAUCGUCGAGAUGAAGCGGCUCCUCGUGGAGAGCGCAGGCCUCGUGCUCGACGUCGGCUGCCAUGACUACGGCGCCCUGGUGCAGCCCCACUUUCGCAAAUGGAUGGCCCUCUACGGACGUACGUUCGUCUCGUGGCUCGGAAAGAGGCCGGAAUUGUUCAUGGGGGACGUGGACAUGGUGAAGCAGGUGCUCUCUGACCGCUCGGGGCUGUUCCCGAAGAAUCCCAUCAACCACCACUUUGCCUGCUUGCUCGGCAAAGGGCUCAUCCUCAUCGACGGCGACGAGUGGAAGCGCCACCGCAAGGUCGUCCACCCAGUCUUCAGUGUCGACAAGCUAAAGAUGUUGGCAGUAACGGUGUCUGAUUGUGUUGGGUUGAUGCUGUCGGACUGGGAAGCAAAGUUGGAGAAGAGUAGUGGCCAUGUGGAAGUCGAUAUUAGUUGCCAGUUCGAGGAGGUUGCGGCCAACGUGAUCUCACGCGUGGCAUUUGGGAGAAACCACAAAGAGGCCAAGCAAGUCUAUCUGGCGCAGAAAGAGCUCCAAUUUCUUGCCUUCUCUAGUUUAUUCAAUGUUUGGAACCUCGUCCCAGGAUUCAGGUACCUUCCUACGAAAAAUAACGUAAAGAUGCAUACGCUCAACAAAGAGGUGAGGAGCAUACUCGUCAACAUCAUCAAAAAUCGCCUUAACUGCAAGGACACCAUGGGAUACGGGAACGACAUGCUUGGGAUAAUCCUGAAUGCUUGCGGGCCAGAGCACGCGCAAAACCCACUCAUGAGCAUGGACGAGAUCAUAGAAGAGUGCAAGACCUUCUACUUAGCUGGCCAUGAGACCACUGCACAGCUGCUCACCUGGACCACGUUCUUGUUAAGCACCCACUCAGAGUGGCAAGAGAAGCUUAGGGAGGAGGUGACGAGAGAGAGUGGCACGGAAAUCCCUGCUGGCGACAUGCUCAACAAUAUGAAGCUGGUCGACAUGUUCAUUCUAGAAACUCUCAGGCUAUAUGGCCCCGUCACCAACAUCCAGAGGAAAACAGGCAGCAAUCUUGAGCUCAGGGGCAUUAGGGUGCCGGAAGGCACAAUUCUAUCGACCCCGAUCAAGACGAUACACCGCGACAAGGAGCUCUGGGGUGAGGACGCUGAAGAAUUCAAGCCUCAGAGGUUCAAGAACGGGGUGAGCAGGGCCGCAAAGCACCCAUACGCAUUUCUGCCUUUCUCUAUGGGGCCCAGGGCUUGCAUUGGGCAGAACUUUACCAUGAUCGAGGCCAAGGUUGUGCUCGCGAUGAUCCUGCAGAGGUUCUCAGUCUCACUAUCCCCAAAGUAUGUCCAUGCACCCAUGGAUGUAUUCACGAUACGACCGAGAUAUGGGCUUCAAGUGGUCCUCAAAAGCUUGCAUGUGUAG